AUGCUUUGCUGUGAACUUGUCACCGAGGCUGGUUCGAACUUUGGCCGACGCAGCUGGGCGCGUUUCCGCUCUUUUCCGCUGCAGCAGACGUCUUGCUUCGAAAUUGCUUUCUCCUUCCGUUGGCCGAAUCGUUCAAUUUCCGUUCACGCAUGUUGCCAUACCCCCCCUCUCAGCCGAGCACGACAUCUCGUUCUUUGCAUUGGCCCCAUCCUACUUGUUGCUAGUGUACGCCAGAAUGCACGAAAAGUCCUGCCCACUCGACAAUAUACCGAUUCUUGUGCCGUUUGCCUGGUUUUUUGCACCCCCUCCCUCCUUGGCGACUUUAGGCCUUGCGGUCGGACGGAGAGCAAAGUCGAUUGGCAUGAUUGUGUCUUGAAGAGGAGACCAAUUGAAUUGUCGGAUUGGGUUUCACUUGAUGGCCUGAAUGGUGUCCAGAAUAGUUGUACCAUAAAGGGGCUCGAUGGAGGUCCUUGCAAUGCGUGGGCUAGAGACACGUUUAGCUCAUGUUGCUGUCUCUCCGCCAUGCCGGUCGUCAGUCUUGCGGCAUUUCAACUUCUUACCUCUCCUCCUGUACAUUAUCAUUUGGUUAUCUUUCCAAGUUGCUCAAUGGACUGGUGUGGAGCCAGCUCUUUAUUUGCCACACACUCGGCCCCUUUUUAUCCACUUAUCCGAUUGCGCAUUCACAUCCGACUAUAUAAUUUGCACACAAUGGCCGAAAGACCGAUUGCUUCUACCUGUUUUCUUUUCGCCUCACUGCCUCCUUCCGGUUUACGCUCCUUUACACACUCGAGAGAGCAGCAUUGCCAUAGUCUUCUUCGAACUCAUGUCGUCGGGCCCAAGUAA